AUGUCUUCAAAGCAGAGAUCUAUCUUGAUCGUCGGCGGAGGAACAUUCGGGACGAGCACCGCUUACCAUCUGUCAAAACAAGGCUACACUAAUGUCAAAGUUCUUGACAGAUGGGCGUCGCCGUCAAAAGAAGCAGCUGGAAACGACAUCAACAAAGUGAUUCGAGCAGACUAUCCCGAGCCUCUGUACGCUAACCUGGCCACUGAGAGCAUCAACGAGUGGCAGGAUCCUAAUGGUCUAUUUGCGGGACUAUACCAUAGAUGCGGCUGGCUUAUUGCGGCUGGAGACAAGAGCCUCCCGUUCAUUGAGGGUUCGAUCAAGACGGCUGGUGAGCAUGGCUCUGAGGAAGCCCAGCCGGUGACUUCUCAGGAGGUCAACGACAGGUGGCCGGCUUACGAUGGCACAAUGCCAGGCUGGAAAACGUACUGGAACUCCUCGGCGGGAUGGGCAAAUGCUCGAGAGGCACUGAGGCGCAUGGCUGAUGCUGCUGAGAAAGCUGGCGUGCGAUAUAUCACUGGCGCCGAUGGGCAUGUUGUGCGACUGCUGUUUGAAGAUGCCGCCAAGUGCGUUGGAGCCAAGAGUGCGAAUGGCACGUCCCAUUUCGCAGACGAGAUCAUUCUGGCUGCUGGAGCUGCAGCAGCAAGCAUACUGGAUAUGAAGGGCCAGUUAGCUGCAAAGGGGCACACUGUUGGGCAUAUUCAGCUCAGGCCUGAUGAAGUCGAGAAGUAUGCCGCAAUGCCCAUCGUCGACCAUCUCGAAGGAGGCAUCCUCUUCCCACCACAGGAAGACGGCAUCAUCAAGAUCGGCGCUGUCAACUUCGUCACCAACUACGCACCAACACAUCCCACCUUGUCUCUCCCACGCUACCGCUCAGAUAACCCGCAAGACGACAUUCCCAAGCCUAUCGAAGAUCACCUCCGCAACUGGCUUCGGGAGUUAGCGCCAGUACUCGCAGACCGCAAAUGGUUCGAGACACGAAUCUGCUGGGAUGCGGAUAUGGCAGACUACAACUUCCUCAUUGGUAGCCACCCGGAGCAUGCUGGCCUCAAGCUGGCUGUGGGUGGAUCAGCACACGGCUUCAAGUUCUUGCCAGUGAUUGGGAAAUAUAUCGCCCAAAUGCUCGAAGGAAAGCUCAGCCCUGAGAUUGAGAGGAAGUGGAAAUGGAGGCCUGGAGCGAAGCUGGAACAGGGCGAGGCGAACCCUCAUCCAAAUCCACUCUUGGACCUGAACAGCCUCUAUCAAUGGGCGCACUCGAAUCAAUCGCGGCUGUAG